AUGUGGAUUACAUUACUUAAAGCUAAAUCUAUUGACAUCCCUGAAGAGGAAAAGAACCUUGGUCCUCAUGAUCGCUUGAUUCAUGUUUAUCAUUUUAUGAAAGACACGGCUCAAAACCAGGUGCAGGUCCAGAAUUUUGGGGAACCCUUUUUUCUGGUCAUCCAUGAGGGUGAGACAUUGACUGAAGUUAAAGUGCGCAUACAGAAGAAAUUGCAAGUUCCAGAUGAGGAGUUUUCAAAGAGAAGAGAUGUUUAUGGUGCUUGGGAGCAGUACCUUGGAUUGGAGCACUCUGACAAUGCUCCUAAAAGAACCGACACACAUUUGAGAAGCCGGUCAGAAUCUAUAACUAAAAAAAUUGGACCAAAGCUGUGCCAGUGCAUUGGCUCUGAAUCUGAUAUCCCCUCGAUGGAAUGUGCGGCUUUGUGGAAAAGCAGUGGCAGCAAGAAGGAAGCCAUCUGUGAGACAAUGUCAGGUGUAGGUAUAAUUUUGGCAGGUAUGGCGGAGCAAAUACAGUCUUUUCUCCGUAUUGUAGACAAGCCUUGUUUUCUCACAUGGACCUAUUAUCCAGGUGAGGUGAGUGAGAGGUGGGAGAUCUGUAUAAUGUUUGAUUUGGUUACUAGUUCUGGGAUUUCCCAGACUUGUUCAAAAGAAUCAACUAUUUGCUGUGCUGUUGAGUUCACUCCUAAAAUGUAUUACUUAUCUUUGGGUGAUUUGGUUAUGAGUUAUGCCCUUGUUGGCACAGAGAAGGGACAUAGAUUAUCGGAGUUGCUGAGCAUCCAUAUGAAUGCAUGA